AAGACUGCAGUGAAAUAUAUUUUUGUUGGGCUCCUCUUCACCAUUGAAUAUCCUGCCAUGGGUGUCAGUGUGGAGUCCAUUGCUGUAUACUCCCAGGUGGGAGGUACUGUUGCUCUGCCAUGUAACAAUGUCAUUCAGUCUGACUGCUCCUCAACCACAUGGAUUCAUGCUAGUAGUGAAAUCAAGGAAUACAGUAAACUGGUUAAUGAUGGAAAGAUCAAAGUUUCAAACUUACAUGAGAAAAUAAAAGUAGGGUCUAACUGCUCUCUGCACAUUCAUAAUGUCAGCACUGCGGAUGCUGGAUCUUACACCUGCAGACAGAUUAUCAGUGGAAAGCAACGCAAAUAUGACACUUCAGUUUACCUGUCUGUUCUCACAGGUAUAAAUUUCACCGUGAGUCAUAACGUUGUUCAUAAAGAUAUGCAUCUGUGGAAACUAUAUAUGUAUUUGCAUUCCUCAGUUGUUCCAGUGACUGAUUUGAAGCCUGGCAGCACUAUGACUCUACAGUGUCUCCUGUACACCUACCGUGGUCCUGGACAGUGUAAUAGUUACAUAUUUUAUACUCCGACUUUGAGGUGGGUGAAUGACGCAGAUAGUGAUUUGCAGAAGGAUCCCAGAUACCAAAUACACACGUCCUCCUGCGACUCCAAUCUGACAACUGAACUUCAGUGGACAGACAACAACAGGAAGUGGGGAUGUCAGCUAACUGCUAAGGGGGAAGUGAAGAUCUCACACAGCUACACCACCAUAUUGUCUGGUAGGAAAUCUAGUAGUCUAGUAUUUAUCUGGUAGAGAUAUUUUGAAUGAGUAAUGAAGUAAUGUGCAAAAAUGUAACAAUGAACAAGUAAAAUUUAAUACACUCAACCCUUCCACAUCAUGGGGCUUAAAAUGAAAAUAUAGUGAAGUGAAAAUAUACAAAGAAACAAGAUACAAGAAACAUGAGAUACAAAGAUCACUGCAAGAUUACUGCGACAUAUCACAUGAGAGCCUCCUGUAAGCAUGCUGGGCAACCUCCAAACAGAUUUAAUGCAUUUAUGAAUUACUAAACUUUUUGUAUGUCAUCUGCUGUUUUCUCAAAACUCCUAAAAACUCCCAAAAAAAUUAUUUAAAUUUAAUGUCUCAUGCUAACCCUGUGAUACAUCGAAACCAUGAUGGGGAGAAUUGCGAUACUGAAGGGUCGUCUGUAAAUGUAUAAGUAUGUAUAAUUAAUGCCCUUUACACCCUCAGCACUUUUUCUAAGAGUUUCUGCUUCUUCUAGGUGCAGACAGAACUCGUUCAGCAGGUAAUGUUUUUGCUUUUAUCACCAUCUUUGCAUGUGCUAUGUCUAAUCAGAUGCCUGUGUGCAGACGCACUAGCCUUACUAUUAGGUACAUCUGUUUAAUGCAACCAACCUGCCCUGAAAC